AUGUAUCUGCCUCGGAAACCUCACGCGAUACACGACGUACCUCUAAAGAUGAUCAAGAAGAAGCUAGAAGUUGGCGGGGCGCUCAAGAACCUUGCGAAGAAUAUCGGUGAGAGUCAGCAGAUUUACGGACUGAAUAUCAACUGGGCGAUACCAGGACUGUUUCACGAUAUCCGUAUGGACGAAAGAAUGAGCACUUCUGACCUACGCCGACAACUGAUGGAGUGUUCCUCAUUCCUCACGAUGGGUGACGAUCCUUGUGAAUGUCUUUUCAAUCACGAGGCCGCUAUGAGAAGAUUGUUAUCACUGCUACGUGAUACUCAGGAUUACUGUACAGAUUCUGAAUGUUUUACUGAAGGAGGACCGAGCGCGAUCGCUAGCAACUCUCUGUUGCUCUGGACUAUGCUCUGGGGUUUUCUAGCUCUAGUUCUAUUCUUCUUGCGCCCGAACUCUAUGCGAUCAAAUCCACAAGGACUCGGAAAACCGGGACCAAGCAAUGAUCGCCUGUAUCAAUUGCGACAACACACUUGUUUCCGUAAUGUGUACUGGUUUGAUCCCCCCGGUAUCGCGAUCAAAUGGAUCGUAUUAUUACAUGAUAUAACAAUAACACAAAGCGAAGAAGCACAACGACGACCCGAUUUACGAUACGAACCGAAGAAGGACGUCUCGUUUGAGAUAUACUUAUGGAUAUUCCACGCAUUUCACCAGAAACGAGAACAAGCAACGUCACAUAAAAUGGCUCUGAGAAGAAUUUUGCAAUAUUCGGGUGCGUUAAAACACUCCAGGUCUCCAGUAGCUGUACAUACACUGGCUUUUGGUGUAAAGAAAAAAACGGAAAAGAAAAUGAAUUCGAAUGGUCACAUACUACAAAUGCCAUGUCAGCCAAACGCACUGCUGAAAAUAGCAUAG